AUGCCUCCCAAGGAUGACUUGAAACCAUAUCAUAAGAAGCCAGGAGAACGAGAUUCACGGUCCUACGCUGAGGAUCUGUUGAAGGCCGUCAAGAGCGACAGUUAUAAUACUGUGAACGAGGUGCUGGCACGCAAGGGCCCUAUCAACGUAGCUCUCGAGAAUCGCGACCGAGCAGUCCACAUUGCCGCUCGCGAAGGCUUUUUGUCAAUCCUCGAGAGGCUUCUCGCCCUCGGCGCUGACGUGCACAUCGCAAAUAACGUUCAGGACACACCAUUAUAUGCAGCUCUCAAGGCUGGACAGACAGAAACAGCCAUGGCUUUGCUCUUACAGGGCGCCGGCUGGAAAGAUCUGAACGAUGACGGGUUCAAUGCAUUGCACCUCGCGGUUCUGCACUCGGCGAACGUCGUCGUCCGCUACUUGCUUCGCAAAGGGGCUGACCCGACGCAGCCGGACUCAAAAGGCCGAACACCGGUAAAACUAGCCUGGCACCCUUUAGGGAAGGACGGGAAGAAGGGCACAGUGGACAUAGACAUCAUGCGAGCCUUGGUAGAUCACGGGGCCAGCCCGAUCCCGACGGACGAGAGAGGAAGGACCCUAGUUCAUCUUGCCGUCAAGGAGAAGCGACCGGGCUUUGUAAGGCUGCUCGAUUCCAAGUCUGCUGAUAUGAACGCCAAGGCCAACGACAAGAGUACACCACUACAAAUCAGCAUAAACUCGAACAAUCUACCAAUGACCCGCCUGUUGCUCGAACUCGGGGCAAACGCCAAUGGUAAGAGUGCACAUUCCGGCUCACCCCUCAUGUUCGCCGCCCAGAGAGGUUCGUUGCCAAUCAUGCGCCUCCUGCUCGACCGCGGCGCCCAGAAGUUCUACAACACACCUCAAGAGACCAACGCCUUCAUAUGGGCCUGUAACGGCGGGCAUAUUUCCUGCGCCAGCUUCUUGCUCGGUUGUGGGUAUUGGCCGCACAAAAGGGCAGCUGGGGACUACACAGCGCUCCACUACGCGGCUGGAAAGGGCCACAUGGAGGUGGUAAAGUGGUUGUUGCAGCUGAGCGUCGACAAGAAUAUCAGAACAAAGAUCGCCAGGGUGCCGUUCAAGGUUGCCGGGACGGCUGCAGAGCUUGCCAGGGCACAUGGGCAUAGCAAGGUUGCCGAGGUCAUCGAGGCCUUUGUGGAGGAGCAGGUGUACUAG